UGGGGGUGGGGUGUGGGGGCGGGCAAGGGAGAGAGGCAGAGCAGGGCCACAGGAGAACUGAGCAGCCAGGAGUCGGCCAGAGUCCUCAGCUGAGGUAUGUGGUUCUGAUGGGUGGGGAGCACCCACCCCUACCCCACAGUUCUCAGGGGACACCAGAAGAGGUGCAGGGACCCUCGCGUGGCCCUAGGACUCCAGGUCUGGGUUCGGCCUGCUUCCUAUGGCCCUUCUCACCCUCCCCCAGAUGUCCAGCAAGGAGGCCAUUGGCUGCGACAUUGGGCAGGCCCGCCAGGCAGUGGAGCAGCUGAGGAUGGAGGCCGGCAUCGAUCGCAUAAAGGUGUCCAAGGCCGCCGCUGACCUGCUGCAGUUCUGCAUGGAGCAGGCCAAGAGCGACCCGUUCCUGGUGGGCAUCCCAGCGGCCACCAACCCCUUCAAGGAGAAGCCGCCUUGCGCCAUCCUAUGAUACCAGCCCGGGGCCCUCAAUAAACAUGAAGUAAAUGCUC